GUCGGAAAGAACCGUAUGUAGUGGUAGUAAGUAGUCAGGGGCGGAUUUCCAAAGUGUUUGGUGUUUCAGGCAAACCGUGGGCCCUUCUCUUACUGCUUGUUUAUUACCUCCGCCUGGCCCUUUCUUUUCCAUCACCGACUGACCGACUGACUCGAUUGACCUGUCCUUUUUUUCCCUUCAUCCCUUUCCCCCUCAAAUACUCACCUUCGUUGGAAAUACUCUGUCUUUCGUUCAAACACUCACUAUCACUGAAGAAAUCCUUCAUUCCAGCGUUUCAAUAAUUCCCAUCCGUUUUCACCACUCAAUUGAACCCCGCCACUAACCAGGGGCCCUUCCUCCCUUAACUAAACUACCAAACAACCUCUUCACGAAACUCCGCAAAGCCUUUUCUUCCUCUUCAGCAGAAAGUUCAAGACGGAUAAAAAACAUACCACCGCCAACAUGACCAACGCCUCCACCCUCACCCAACCCCCCGCCGAAUCCAAGGACGACGCCCCCCUCUUCCCUACGACCCUCAUCUCCCCCUCCGUCGCCGCCGAACUGCCCGAAGGCUACAAGAUCCGUCCCGUCCGUCGCUCCGACUACAGCCGCGGCUACCUGGACGUGUUGCGCGUGCUGACGACCGUCGGCACCAUCACCGAGGAGCAGUGGAACAAGCGCUACGACUGGAUCUCGUCGCGCAAUGACGAGUACUACCUGCUUGUUAUCUGUGAUGGGGAUGAUCGUGUCGUAGGCACGGGCAGCUUGAUUGUUGAGCGCAAGUUCAUUCAUGAGUUGGGUCUUGUGGGCCAUAUUGAGGAUAUUGCCGUCGAGAAGGGCCAGCAGGGGAAGAGGCUCGGGCUGAGGCUUAUUCAGGCGUUGGAUUAUGUUGCGGCGCAGGUGGGGUGCUACAAGAGUAUUCUCGAUUGCUCCGAGGCGAAUGAGGGAUUCUACCUCAAGUGCGGCUUCAAGCGUGCUGGAUUGGAGAUGGCUCAUUACUACUAGGUUUUAAUUGAAAAGUAGGCGGGAGAAGGUGGUUUGUGUUUCGGGAUUAUUGAAUGUCAUCAUGUUCAAGCGUUGUUGUUGUAUACUACAUAGAUAGAUGUCUAGAUACGGGUUGGGUCGGGACUUGUUCGAUUGUUUCAUGGAUGUUCAUUUAUACUCAUACUAUAUAUUAGCUACUUGCAGGAUGGCUGGAGGUAAUCAAUUAGUUAUUUUCUG